ACUAAUCCUGAAUAUUCUUUGUUCCAGAAUACAUGGUGAGUUCCGGAUCGCCCCCCACCCGCGACAAGCGCGACUCAAUGUCGACAAAUGGCAUGCAGACGGGGGGCAUGCUGGGUUCAGAGGACAAAAUUGGUGCGCGCGCGCGCAGAGACUGGCGGCACGAGCGCUUGCGCGACAUCGCGGCUGCGCUGACCACAGGGGCGGGAACCAAGGAUAACGGUGGAGUGGGAAAGCAGGAUGGUGGGAGCAGGGACCUACAGGAACAGAGAUUGCCUGCGUUGCCGGCCGAACAGCUGCUACUACACCUAAAGAAGGGUUGGCUCUGGCUGAAAUCCUCGGAAGAAGGCGUUGACUGGACGCGUCGUUGGGUGGUGCUAUGCGGUCCAGCCUUGCAAGUAUACGGCGAUCAAGACGAGCGAUCUCCGCCUGAGCUGCGCAUCGAACUAUCUUCCGUCGUUAGCUACGCCGAAACAGUAACGGACUCCAAGUAUGGCUUCGAGAUCAGACGCGCUGGGGGACCGCCUCUCACGCUCGCGGCCGUGACACAGGGCAUUCGCUCCAAUUGGCUGCUGGCGCUGAAGAAGGCGGCACCAAUGGCGAUAAUGGGCGGAGUCACGAACGGUACUACUCCGCCUCCGCCGCCCGUUGAAAGUCCCGUGUCACCGUCGACGCCCCGAUCAAUCAUGGCCAGUAGCGAUGAGGAGUACAAAACAGCAUCUGAGGGUGGUCGUCGAGGCAGUGAAGAAUGGCCGUCAACGCCCUGCUCGACGGACUUGCCGCCCUCGCCGCCACCCUCUCAUCGUGGUCCUAACUCUCUAGGGCGGCUGAAGGAAAGGGCACGUGUUAGGCCGAGGUUGCCACGGAGCGGUGCGCCAGGUAGUCGUCACUCUACUGCCGACAGCACGUCGACCGACGAGUUGGACUGCGUGGUGAAGCCGCAACCGCCGCAGCAAGAUGUGCACCAGCUCAGGGAGAAGCUUGCCGGGGCUGAGAAGGAAAUACAAGCAUUGGAAGAAGAGAUUGCCAGGUUGAAGAAAUUUCAAUCUGAUGCAGCGAUUCGAGAGAAGAAGGCAAAGGAGAUGCUGUCGAACUUAGAAAAAACCGAAAAGGAAUUAAACCAAAGAAAUUCACAAAUCGAACUAAACUUUUUGAAAGAACAAAGGGCGCUACAAAGACGUCUUUCGGAAGCGGAAGAGGCGGCGAGGACUAACGAAGAGAAAUGCACGAUACUCACCAGGGAGUUGCAGACCAAACAACGAAUCCUGGUGAACUUGCAGGAGGAGUUGUCCAUGUCCAACGAACGCUUGUCCCGAGUCACCGAAGAGAACAAUAGGCUGUAUAAAAAAGUACAAGAACUCGAAGGAAGAUAUUGCUUUAAGAACCAACACUUCAAAGCAGACUCCAUCACGGAGUUAACCAAUAUUAAUUUAGAUUUAGAUAUCGACGAACUGAACGCGAACGAGCUGAAAGAGUACUGCCUGGACCUGAAGCACCGUUUCGAGCGCGCCAUAGUAGAGAUCCAGGCAGUGAAGCGUGCGUUGCGCGAGUCGGAAGAGAGCUGUGAUAAGAUGGAGAUCGCCAACUAUGGCCUCCAGCACCACAUCGGCACGUUGAACGAAGAGCACUACGCCGAGUUGCGGUUGCUGGUGCAGCGGUUGGACAACCUGACUGCCAAGCUGGCAGCCGCGGAGAGACAGCUCAGAACCAAAGGCAAAGGCGAUGCCAAAGAUAAGAGGCGAUCGCUGUCGUUGCGCGGCAGGGAAAGCUUCUCCAUCAACAAGGAGGUGGAGGAUAAGGUAACGGAGCUAGAAGCAAAGAUAUUAGCGUUGGAAAGAGGCAGAAACAGAAGAAGGUACAAACGAGAUAGGAGCAACGAAAGAUGUUCACCGAUAGACGACAAAGCUCUUCGACGUGCUAGGAGAAAAAGUCUGGACAGUGCUACGUCAUCAGAACCCAUGAAGCUGUUAAUGCGCUUGAGCUCUUUGGAGACCAAAGUGACAAACGUAAACACUUCCAAUGAGUCCCUGAACAUUUUAAACGGCAGCACUUCGGACAUCACCAAGCUGAAAGAUGAAAAGAGCUCUGUGGAUCUAGAUUACUUACUAUCUACUGCCAAAAUUAAAGUCAGCGAAUGCCUUUGUAGCGUAAGUUCGCUGAAGAAUAACAGAAAACGCAAUUCGUCACCAAGCGUGGAUAAGUUGGUAGCUUUAGAGAACUCUUUAAAUGAGCUUCAGGAUAUUCUGAACAGGAAAGACUGCGCCGUUAAUAUAGCUGAAGUCGAAGUGAUCAACACGUCUGCUGGCAGUGUGGUCAAACAGUUGCAGAAUCUGCUGCUUGAUAAACUGACAAGUUUGGCGGAAAAGAAAAGACUGCUGCAGGAGAACAACAAGUGGGAUAAUACGGCCAGGUUACAGAUGCUGGCCGAAAAAGUCGCCUACGAAAACGUGUUAGUCAAUAGGAUCCAAGAAGCUUUAACUUGUCCCGUAACCGGCGACGCUGUCUGCAAGAGGCUGAUCAACAAGGAGACGCGAGAGACAGCUUACCUGAUCAUAGCAUUACAGAACAAAAUCAACGGUACCAGCAAUAAGCAGCAACCGCCAAACAGGACAAGUGUGGAUCAUCUGACAAAGACCCUAGCGAAGUGUCUGUUGUCUGCAAGUCAGGGCUUCAAGUCAUUCAAGAAUUUCGUCGCUACCAAAGGACCAUCUAUCGAUUUGCUCUGUGACGAGAAACAAAAGUUGGAUGUGCUGUUGAGCACAUACAAAUCGGCAAAGUUACCACAAAUUGCGGAGGCACUUGCUGCUGAAACGAUGAACCUUGCUUCUGAUAAGACCUGCAGGCUGAGAUCUCUGAAAGAAGACCUGGUGAAUGAGUUCAAGAAGAACGCGCGUGAGAUCGUGAACUCCGAGCUGAUACAGUCCGAGAUCAACCACGUUUUGUUGCGUGCCGCCCAGGUGUACCAAUCCAACAUCGAUGCCGACCACAACUUCUUCUUCAGCUUUUUCGCUUCGGAACGUGCCGCUCUGGAGCUUUGGUCGGACGCCGUGGGCGACUGCCUUUACGAUGAGAUCAGCAGGGCCAUCAUGGAGCUGACCGAGCUGUACCAGAACUGCCUGAACAAGCUGCAGAAGCAGAACUGGAGGCGCAGGGUGGAGCUGGAGAGGAACAUCAGAGCUCCAACGACAUUGCUGUACGAGUUCGCCGACGUGGUAGCCCACAAAGCGCUGAUUGAUGCGAGAAUCGCUGUUCUCAGUGGCAGCUAUAAUCCGCAAGAGAUGUACAGCGGAUCUCUGGAGACGCUGAGCACCUGGCUGGAUAACGAGAAACAGUGGGCCUAUAUGGAGACCCAGUCUUUGCUGCAGACGAAUCGAGACCUGGAGGUGGAGUUUACCUGCAUGGUGGAGAAAUACAGGAGUGAGUGCCAUGCGCUGCUGGAGCCUAGAGAAUCAGUCGGUGGGUGUCUGCGCGAGUUGUCAGAGAAGGUGGAAGAGUUACAGAGGUGUGCAGACUUACCAGUUCGUGGUAUUGGCGAGAACUGGAAAGACGUAUGCCAGGCCUGUGCUACACUCAGGGAUCGUCUUGAGGAAGUUAAAGUAGCUAUGCAGCAACAGCAGAACAACACUCAACAGCUUAGAAGGUAUUCUCCGAUACCUGUGGACCUCGAUCGUUUGGACGAUGACCUGCAGUUGCACCAGAGUACCGCCGAAUACUUAUCAGAAGUGGAACAGCUACGCAGUGCAUGGCGUCGUGCUCUUGUCGCCUCCCCGGACGGCGGAUUGUGCGAAUCGGAGGCGGAGCGCCUGCGACAGCUGUGUGAACGAGCCUUAGCAGCUACAGAACGCUGGCACAGGGGGGCGCUGCAAGCGGCGAGACGCGCCCACCAGAGACAGGUGGACGCACUCAAGCAGGAGAAGGAACAGGCGCUGGCCGAGGAGACACGCGCUACGCUCGCCGCGUUGGACGCUAUGCGGAAGGCGCAUGUCGCCGAGGUGCAACGAGAGGUUGCUAAGUUUAAGCAAGAGUAUGCAAGACAACAAAGAGACGACAUUUUUGAUUUAUCUGAGAAACUGUCUGUGAAGUCGUUGGAAGCUGCAGCCCUUGAAGAACAAUUAGGUAGCGCCACUAGACAGUUAGCCCAUGCCCAGCAGCAUAUUUUGAAGCUUGAACGGAACCCCCAGCUCUCAUCAGUGAAGGUAACUUCAUACAUUUAUCAUUUGUGAAGGUGACCAUAUUUUACGCAUUCGGUCAGGAUUUCUCAAGAUAAGCUAGUAUUUUGAUAAGUUGAAAUGGGUACAGAUUUUAAAUCACCUUGCCAUCAACUCUAAAAAUCGUUUUCCACUCAACUGUCGCCAAACGGUGGUGCAGUUUUUGACUAGUAGAUCGCUAGGGAAUUAUAGCUAUUUCGCAAUGCCUUACCUAUUUUGCUCGACAAACGCAUGAGUUGUCACGAAUGAUGCAAGGCAUUAAUCCCGAGCAUUAUAGCAUUGCCACAUCAAUAACUAUGGAUUAGUUAACCACCUUGAAAGUGGUAUUCACAUUGAAAUUGUCAGUUAAUUUCUAGGGCAAAACUUACACAAUCUGAAAGCUAACUUUUAGCCAAAAAUCUGGAUCAUAGCUAAUCUAAUUUCCAGUAUUUUCUUCUCGAGGUCCAAAAUAUAAAAAU